AUGAUAAGAAAUAACCAUUUGACCCAGUUGGACUUGGACUCAAGUUCCACUGAGAAGCUUCUUCUAAUUGAUCUCUCAGACAACCAAUUCGAGCGCCUGAUGCAUGUCGGUGGUCCCUUUCCCCAGCUUCGCAGUUUAAUACUAAGAUCAAACAGGCUAUCGAAGCUCGGUAAGAAAGACAUUUUUCCGAUAUGUCCGUAUUUGAUUAAUUUGAGUAACUUGUUCACCACGCUUUAG